CCCACACCCGUUAUCCUGUUGAAAGAGGGGACCGAUAGCUCCCAAGGCAUCCCCCAGCUUGUAAGUAACAUCAGUGCCUGCCAGGUGAUUGCUGAGGCUGUCAGAACCACCCUGGGCCCCCGUGGCAUGGACAAGCUCAUUGUGGAUGGCCGAGGCAAAGCAACAAUUUCUAAUGAUGGGGCCACAAUUCUGAAACUCCUUGACGUUGUCCAUCCUGCAGCAAAGACUUUAGUGGACAUUGCCAAAUCCCAGGAUGCAGAGGUUGGUGAUGGCACCACCUCAGUGACCCUGCUGGCUGCAGAGUUUCUGAAGCAGGUGAAACCCUAUGUGGAAGAAGGUUUGCACCCACAGAUCAUCAUCCGAGCUUUCCGCACUGCCACUCAGCUGGCAGUUAACAAGAUCAAAGAGAUUGCCGUGACUGUGAAGAAGGAAGAUAAAGUGGAGCAGAGGAAGCUGCUAGAGAAAUGUGCCAUGACUGCUCUGAGCUCCAAGCUGAUCUCCCAGCAGAAAGCCUUCUUCGCUAAGAUGGUAGUGGAUGCAGUGAUGAUGCUCGACGAUUUGCUGCAGCUUAAAAUGAUUGGAAUCAAAAAGGUGCAGGGCGGAGCCCUAGAGGAGUCCCAGCUUGUAGCCGGUGUCGCAUUUAAGAAGACUUUCUCUUAUGCUGGGUUUGAAAUGCAACCCAAAAAGUACCAUAAUCCAAUGAUUGCCCUUUUAAACGUCGAGCUCGAGCUGAAAGCUGAGAAGGAUAAUGCUGAAAUCAGAGUCCACACUGUUGAGGAUUAUCAGGCAAUUGUCGAUGCUGAGUGGAACAUUCUCUAUGACAAGUUAGAGAGGAUCUAUCACUCCGGAGCCAAAGUCGUCUUGUCCAAACUGCCCAUUGGGGAUGUGGCCACCCAGUACUUUGCUGACAGGGACAUGUUCUGUGCCGGCCGAGUGCCUGAGGAGGAUCUGAAGAGGACGAUGAUGGCUUGCGGAGGCUCCAUCCAGACCAGUGUGAAUGCUCUGUCGUCAGACGUGCUGGGCCGCUGCCAAGUCUUUGAAGAGACCCAGAUUGGAGGCGAGAGGUACAAUUUCUUCACUGGCUGCCCCAAGGCCAAGACUUGCACUAUCAUCCUCCGUGGUGGCGCCGAGCAGUUUAUGGAGGAGACAGAGCGGUCCCUGCAUGAUGCCAUCAUGAUUGUCAGGAGGGCCAUCAAGAAUGAUUCAGUGGUGGCUGGGGGCGGUGCUAUCGAGAUGGAGCUCUCCAAGUACCUACGAGAUUACUCAAGGACCAUUCCAGGAAAACAGCAGUUACUGAUUGGGGCCUAUGCCAAGGCCUUGGAAAUUAUUCCACGGCAGCUCUGUGACAAUGCUGGCUUUGAUGCCACAAACAUCCUCAACAAACUGCGGGCUCGGCAUGCCCAGGGGGGCACGUGGUACGGGGUGGACAUCAACAACGAGGACAUUGCUGACAACUUCGAGGCCUUCGUGUGGGAGCCCGCUAUGGUGCGGAUCAACGCCCUGACCGCCGCCUCUGAGGCGGCCUGCCUUAUCGUGUCCGUGGACGAAACCAUCAAGAACCCACGCUCCACAGUGGACGCUCCCCCGGCUGCUGGCCGGGGCCGAGGUCGUGGCCGCCCUCAUUGA